GCAACAGUUCUUCAACGAGCUUUAUUCAGUUACAAAGUAACCGCUUUAGAAGAGAAAUCAAAAAAUUGUUAAAUUUGAAAAAUGUUUAAUUUUACCGGUAAAAAUGUUGUUUACGUAGGCGACUUCAAUGGUGUUGGUUUGCAAGUUUGCUAUGCUGUUGUGCAAAAACCCAUUAAGAACUUGGUCGUAUGCAGUCGCACGGAGAACGUUGAAGUUUUGAAAAAGAUUCAAUCGCUUAACUCCACCGUUAAGGUGACAUUUGUUCAAGCUAAUGUUGCUGACCGCACGAGUGUGGAUCAUGCUGUUAAAGAAAUAGUUCAAGCCGUGGGACAUGUCGAUGUAUUGGUUAACGGUACUUCAGUUUUGGCCGAUAAGGACGUUGAUACUACUGUGGCCGUGAAUUUGACUGGUGUAAUAAACACCACUCUCGGUUUGUUGCCUUUCAUGGAUAAAACGCAAUCUGGCCAAGGUGGUGUUGUUGUAAAUGUUGCUUCGGUGUAUGGCUUAGAACCAGGUCCAGCUUUCAGUGUUUACACUGCCGCUAAACACGGUGUCGUAGGUUUCGCUAGAUCUAUGGCGAACGAAGCCCUGUACAAGAAGACUGGUGUGGCAUUUGUUUGCAUUUGCCCUGGUUUAACUACCGCUGAAGUGAUGGUCAAUAAGCGUGACCAAAAUAAUUGGUUAAAAUGGGUUCCCCAUACCGAUGACUUAUGGAACGCCGUCACACAAUCGAAAACCCAAACUCCCGAAGAAUGUGCUGUAAAUGUGGUUAAUGUUAUGGAUCAAAUGAAAAACGGUGGCAUUUACAUUUGUCAACAAGGCAACGUAAAGGAAGUGGUUCCCACUGUUUACUGUACCAUAUAAAUAUCUCAUCUCGAAGAUAAUGAAUGUCUUUCAAAUAAAUUGAAACUCAAAUAAA